GUAAACUUUGUAAAACUGAAACCAAAAGUAAUACCGUCCAAAAGUAAAACCAAAACAGAUAUCCAUGGGAUACACCCCCGUUAUACUCCUAAAUCCCCUAAUGUGGCUUUGCAAAAACUGAACAAUCCUCAUUAAUCUGUCAGUUUAUCCUACGAGCUGAAGGACUGAAUAUUUCUGAGCACCAUCUAGCAUGUUUACCAGCUGUGGGCGUCGGUGUCGGUCAGCCUGUGCAUGCUGUUGUAAGGAAAAUGCCAGCAUGACAGAGAUGCCGUACAUGUUUGGGCUGGUCAGUGUAAUAGAGAAAACUGCAUUAGUCAGUACUACUAGCUCAGCAUCACCUCUUAUUGAGUAUGGGUUGUCUUUGAGAGGCACCAACAUUGACAGUAUAUCCCACAGUAUAGGCACCAUGAGAAAUGUGUCCAUUCAAAUUACCAAUUUCACAGACAGCUACACCUUAUCAAACCCAAGGACCUACACUAGCAGUGGAUAUUGUCUUAAUCCUCCUCAGCCUACUGUAGCAAGAAAGACCAGUGAAGCCUGCAGCUUUACCAAAACACACUUUUCAGCACGUGGUUGUGUUGGAGUCCUGGCAUACAAGAUCCUUAAAGAUGAAGAGCACUUUGUCGGGGAACUUGUCAUAAUGUUUUCUGUGCCUUUUGACUACAAUUUGUAUGAAAACUAUUUCGCGCUUGGAAUUAUUGAAAACCAUGUCUCAUGUAAUGAUGAUCUGUUUUAUGAAAUGUAUAACAUGAAAGGUACAUUCACCAGGGAAAGGGCUAAAGGAAGUGAAGUCAUGUAUUGUGGACAAGGAACUUGUGUGAAGGGAACAAUGUCCCCUGCAGGCAAUGCAAUAAUAAAAGUUGAAUUUCGAGAUUUGUAAUCACCAAAACUAGACAGACAUCAGGGGGGUCAGUGAAGGAUGAUUGAAUAUGUCUAUAAACUAAUACACUCCUACUAAUAAUGUCUGUUUAUGAAAUAAUACAGUAUGACUACUGUAAACUAAUAGACUAUUACUACUACAGUCAUUUCUCAAUAUAAGCUAUACAUAAAUUAAUCAAAAUAGCAACAUGAUUUACAUUCAUUUAAGUAUUUAUUUCUAUUGGAGCUUCAAACACUGUGCACAUGAACACUGUUGAUUAAGGCACAUAUCUGCUGAAGAAUUAAUUUGUCUGUACAUUUUUUUUCACCCACUACUACUUUCAGUAAUAAAAUUAAUGCAGUUUACAGCUUUCUAGUUUAAGUGAAAGGUUGUUAAAGUAGAAAAUAUUAAUACUAAGAAUUGUUUCAUUAUUAUGAUUCUUUCAAAACUUAGUACUUAAUCCCAUCAAAGCUUAAAACACAAAAUCUGGUUUUAAUAGCUGUCACACUGACUUUUUUUGUUGUCUUUUGUGCAUAUUUCAUCACCGUACA